AGCGGGGGCCGGCCGCUCUGUAAGUCCCGGGGCAGCGGCGACUGAGGCUCGGAGACAGGUAGGGUACGGGAGCCUAGGGCUGGCGGACGAACUCUGCCGGCUCGGCUCCGGUGAGCGAAUGCCGCACCGUCCAACCAGGAAAGCCGCAGUGUGGAAGAACGUCGAACGUGGCCAACCAGCGGCUUCAGACUUACGGAAGGCGGGACUUUCCCGGGGCGGGACUUCCUGUUUCGUAUAAACACCUUGAGGUCCCCCUCGGCCCGGCUAAGUGCGUCCCCCGGGAGCAGCGGUCGCGUCUCCUAGUGGGCCGCUGCUCGGCGGGUUGGAGCAGAUCGAGGCGGGCCCUUUCCGCCGCCGAGCGCUGAGCGCGGGACCCGGGCCGGGCGGGAAGCGCAGGAAGGUGGCGCCGCGAUGACGCUCUCCCCUCCGCCAAGGUCCGAGCUGAUGUGGCCCAAUGAUCCCGCGGAAACGCCACGGGGCUAAGAAUACGGAUCAGGGCGUUUACCUGGGGCUCUCGAAGACACAAGUCCUGUCCUCUACCACUGCGGGCAUAGGCCGCGGCGACGUCGUCCCCGCGCUCGGGCCCGCGGCGCCGGCCCCGCCCCCGCCCGGCAUCAUGUCCUGUCGGGACCGGACCCAGGAGUUCUUGUCCGCCUGCAGGUCGCUACAGAGCCAACAGAAUGGAAUCCAGACAAAUAAGCCAGUUCUGUGUGCUGCCCGACAGCGCAGUGAAUUUACUCUUAUGGCCAAGCGCAUUGGGAAAGACCUCAGCAACACAUUUGCCAAGCUGGAGAAGCUGACAAUCUUGGCAAAGCGCAAGUCCCUUUUUGAUGAUAAAGCGGUAGAAAUCGAGGAGCUAACAUACAUCAUCAAACAGGAUAUCAAUAGCCUCAACAAGCAAAUUGCUCAGCUUCAGGAUUUUGUGAGAGCCAAGGGCAGCCAGAGCGGCCGGCAUCUGCAGACACAUUCCAACACCAUUGUGGUCUCACUGCAGUCAAAACUGGCUUCCAUGUCCAAUGACUUCAAAUCGGUGUUAGAAGUGAGGACAGAGAACCUGAAGCAGCAGAGGAGCCGGAGGGAGCAGUUCUCCCGGGCCCCCGUGUCCGCCCUGCCCCUCGCCCCCAACCACCUGGGUGGUGGCCCUGUGGUUCUGGGGGCUGAGUCCCAUGCCUCCCGGGAUGUGGCAAUAGACAUGGUGGAUACAAGCACCAACCAGCAGCUGCAGCUCAUUGAUGAGCAGGAUUCCUAUAUUCAGAGCCGGGCGGACACCAUGCAGAACAUUGAGUCCACGAUUGUUGAACUGGGCUCCAUCUUUCAGCAGCUGGCGCACAUGGUGAAGGAACAGGAGGAGACCAUUCAGAGGAUCGACGAGAAUGUGCUGGGAGCUCAGCUGGACGUUGAGGCUGCUCACUCCGAGAUCCUCAAGUACUUCCAGUCUGUCACUUCCAAUCGAUGGCUCAUGGUCAAAAUCUUCCUCAUCCUCAUCAUCUUCUUCAUUAUCUUCGUGGUCUUCCUGGCCUGACCCCUGUCUACUCAGAGGCAGUGCAUAGGGCAGAGGCCCUCUGGUGACAGCAAGUGGCAGAGCCGCCGCCAAUCCUGUGUUGGGUGCUGUGGAGAAAGCCCUGUCUCCCUGGAACUGUUCAGGGUGGCUGCUGGCCCUGACCCCACCCCACACUUCCUGCCAUCCUGUCCUCCCUUGACAUCCUCAGGCCCAUGAAACACACAUGGGUCUGGACUCUGCUGUGCAGUGACAGGAAGGGAUUGGGAGCUAGCUGAGGACUGUUGGAGGCCAUGUCUCCCCUAGGAGAUUUUUAUAAACCCUCCACACCUCUCCAAGAAGAAAUUUGGGCAGCUGGGGGACAUGACGCUCCUCCCUGCCUUCUGAGUGAGGCAAGGAAGUGAAAUGGCCCAGGGACCAACUUCCCCAUCUGGGUUAGGGCUCUCCUCUCCUUACUGUGUAUGGCAGGGGCCCUGAGCCCUCGCUGUUCACAACGCUCUAUACUCACCAGCUGCUGUGACUCCGUCUGCUGUGCUGCGGCCGGUUUCUUCCCAAUUACAUCGAGACAUCAGCCUCAA